CGUUGAUAUGAAAAUACUGCAAUAUGUAUUUCGAAGGACAAGUGUAGUACCGCAGUCGACGUACAGAUUGAUUUUAUUUUGACGAUAAGAAAUCGUCUUGCCCUUGAGUGUUGUUAAGAAGUCGACUGAUAUACAGGCCAAUAAUUUAUUCUUCGUGCAUUGAGAUAUAUUGUCGGAUAUAUCCGAGAAGCGGUCUAUCGAGAGAAGAUAAUUUCUAAACGGUGUAAUUUUCGAUAUUUGUUAUUCCAAUGGCACUGGCAGGACCCGAUUUGCCGCAAGUUCCGAAUCCUCUGAAAUCUAUUCAGAAAUAUUUAACUGUCGCGUCGAAGCACGACCAGCGAGAUAAUGUUGUCAGUUAUUGGUGUCGCCUGUAUGCUCUUCAAACUGGAUUGAAGUUGUCCACCAAGACAUCGGCGGAGACUAAUUUUCUGUUGAAGUUGAUGGACUGGUUGGAAGCAAGGAAGAAAGAACUGCACGACAACGAAGCUAUUACUAACGACGUGGCCGCUCAAGCGCAUUUAGAAAAUUGGGCCCUGAAGCUAUUUUUGUAUGCCGAUAAGAACGAUAGGGCUGGAAAUUUCUCCAAGAACGUACUGCAGAGCUUUUAUACCGCUCAGAUAUUGUACGACGUGUUGACGCUGUUUGGAGAAUUGAGCGUGGAAGCGGGACAAAAUCGGAAGUACGCUCAAUGGAAAGCAGCUUAUCUCAACAAUUGCUUCACAAAUGGAGAAACUCCGGUGCCGGGGCCAAUGAAAGAAGCAGAUGAUGACAGUACUUCUGUUAAUGCGUCGAAUGACAACGAUGAUGAGCCCGAAUCAAGUGUAAAUCCUGGAAGUCCUGAAAGUCCUAAGGAUAAUACUUCGCUAGACAUUCCGUCUGUUCCUGCAAAUCCGCCAACUACAAGAAUGCAGUUGUUUGACUCAAAAGAUGAUGAUAAGUAUAAAACAGAAGGUGGUGCCAAGUUGACGGUUGAACAAAUUAGCAAGGUUCAAAAAAUGAUCAAAUGGGCAAGCAGUGCAUUGGAUUAUGAUGAUGUAGCUACUUCUGUAAUGAAUCUUCGGAAAGCUCUGCAUCUUUUAACUACUGGUCAGGAAUCCGCUUAGAUGAAAUGGACAGAAAGUACGUUCAGUAAUGUCUUACUUAUAAUUAAUUAUGUUGAAUAUCAAAAUCAACAGACAUCAAGCCUGUAUCGCGCAUAUUGCCCAGUAAAAGAUAUUUUAUUAAUAUUUCGCAUCUUUUGGGUACGAAUAAUAGAAGAAUAAGAGGCAUGGUUACAAUUAACUAGUCAAAUCAACCUCUGCAUAUGGUGCACUUAAAAAUAGAAAUUGUUGCAGUGUUUUCCAGAUUGUAACUAUUGCUGUCCAAGAUGAAAGAUGUAUAGUUAUGGAGUUUCAUUGUAUUUAUUGAAACUAUAAGAGUAUUAAUAUUCAUUUUAAUAAGCUUUAGCAUCGCUAUUUUGUUUUCCAAAUAAUUUUUUAGAAUAUUAUUAAUGAGACAUUUUUGCGAGAAAUCAUUGUUAUUUUACUAAAUAAAUAAUGAAAAAUGAACAUGUAAAUGGUACAAAUUAGUUAUUUUGGAAUUGAAAAAUCUUGAAUUAGAUUAUUUUAAGAUAAAUGGCUUAUGUAAUUUUUUU